AAAAGAACCGUUCAUUCUCUUCUGUGCCGUUGACAAUUGACAUUCAAUUGGCUUUCCAUUUGUUUUUAUUUUUUGUUCUCCAUUCAAAGAAAACACAUUUUGAAUAACAAAUCAGGAGAGAAGUACUAGUACGAAAAUCAAAAAUCACGGCUGAUUUUAAAGGGUGUGUGUGGAAUUUACUACGAAACGACCACAGCUACAUUUGGACGAACUCAGCGCAGUCGGCAGAGGCAAAAAACAGCGGCGUCAGCAUUUUGGCAUUGCAACUAAAAAAUCAGAGAAUCAGAAACUAAUCAGCCGGCAUAGGCUAUAGCUGUCGUUCGGUCGUGAGACUCGAUAAUAACACUCACAAGGAAGCAAAGAAUAAAAUCCUCAACAAUUAAAAAAACAAUAAUGGAGGAAAACAAUUCCCGAGUGCUAAGUUUGCUGGGCGGUCUGGCUAUUGGAAUCGUUGGUUUCCAGGUCUUCCGGAAGGUCCUGCCCUGGAUUUAUGCCAAUGUUGUGGGUCCGAAGGUUUUCGGAUCCACCGUGGAUCUUUCCAAAAUGGGCGAGUGGGCAGUUGUCACCGGGUCGACCGAUGGAAUUGGAAAGGCCUAUGCAAAGGAGUUGGCGCGUCGGGGACUGAAGUUGGUGCUGAUCAGUAGGUCUUUGGAAAAACUGAAUGUCGUGGCCAAGGAGAUCGGAGAUAAAUACGGCGUGGAGGUGCGCGUGAUUGAUGUUGACUUCACUGGAGGCGCAGACAUCUACGAGAAAAUCCGCGAAAAAACCACUGGCCUUAAUGUUGGUGUAUUGGUAAACAACGUGGGCAUUAGCUAUAGCCAUCCCGAGUACUUCCUGGACUGCUACAAGGCUGAUCCAAAGUUCCUUCGCGACAUUGUGGCUGCCAAUAUUCACUCGGUUACACACAUGACCGCACUUUUUCUACCGGGUAUGAUUACCCAGCGUCGCGGAGUAAUCAUCAACUUGUCCUCCACCGCCGGAGUCAUUCCUAAUCCUCUGCUGAGCGUGUACAGUUCCACUAAGGCCUUUGUCAACAAAUUCAGCGAUGACCUGCAAACGGAGUACAAGGAGCAUGGCAUUCUUAUCCAGAGCGUUCAGCCGGGCUUCGUGGCCACCAACAUGUCGAAAAUCCGCAAGGCCAGCGUCUUUGCACCCUCGCCGGAAACUUAUGUCCGCUCAGCGCUUUCUACCUUGGGCAUUGCCACCCAGACGGCGGGCUAUUUGCCACAUGCUCUGCUCCAGCUGGUCAUUCACUUCACGGAGGCGGUGUUUGGCGAGCAAUUCGCCCGCAGCGUAGUUCUGAAGAACAUCUUGGGAACCCGAAAACGUGCUCUUCGUCGUUUGGCCAAGGAGCAGUAGAGGAUCGGGAUCCUGAGAAGCUAGAGGCAUUUAUUGGGAGACGGUUGGGGUGGCGAGUCAGUUGGGUUGUAAGGGGAAUCCGGCUAGUCAAAUAGCUUAUGAAAUCACGGCGUGUCAUACGAACAAACAGAAAGCUUCAAAUACCAAAAAAAUAAACUUUUUCAAAUAAACUAAGUUUAGUUAGUUUUGUCAUUGAAUAACAUUGUAAACUCGAAAUCAACCAUGUCAUGAAAACAAUAAAAAAGAAAAUGUGUGCAAACACAGAGUAACUGGA